CUUUUCCAUCAGUCUCUCAAUUCUUUAUUCCCAAAAUCCCAAAUACGCACAUUUUCUCUCAACACCAUUCCUCUGUUUCUGUGUCUGUGUCUUGUUUGGAAGAAUGAGUUUAGCAGCGAAAACAGUAUGCGUAACAGGAGCUUCAGGUUACAUAGCGUCAUGGCUCGUCAAAUUCUUGCUCCAGCGUGGUUACACUGUUAAGGCUUCCGUUCGUGACCCAAAUGAUCCCAAGAAAACACAACAUUUGCUUUCCCUUGGUGGGGCCGAAGAGAGGCUUCACUUGUUCAAAGCAAACCUCUUAGAAGAAGGUUCAUUUGAUGCUGUGGUUGAUGGAUGUGAAGGUGUAUUCCAUACAGCAUCUCCAUUUUACUACUCUGUUACAGAUCCACAGGCUGAGUUACUUGAUCCUGCUGUCAAGGGGACACUCAAUCUUCUCGGUUCAUGUGCCAAAGCACCGUCAGUAAAACGAGUGGUUUUAACAUCUUCCAUAGCUGCAGUUGCUUAUAGUGGUCAGCCUCGGACACCUGAGGUUGUGGUUGAUGAAAGCUGGUGGACCAGUCCAGACUAUUGCAGAGAAAAACAGCUCUGGUAUGUUCUCUCAAAGACAUUGGCUGAGGAUGCUGCAUGGAAGUUUGUGAAGGAGAAAGGGAUUGAUAUGGUUGCAAUAAAUCCUGCUAUGGUUAUUGGUCCUUUGUUACAGCCUACACUCAAUACUAGUUCUGGUGCAGUCUUGAACUUGGUAAAUGGUGCCGAGACAUACCCAAAUUCUACCUUUGGGUGGGUUAACGUCAAAGAUGUCGCAAAUGCACAUAUUCUCGCAUUUGAGAAUCCUUCAGCUAAUGGAAGAUAUUUAAUGGUUGAG